AUGUCUUUUACUGCAAAGGAAAGCGAGCGGGUCUUCCACUAUCUGUUUACCUUUGUUCUCAUGGUUGGCGCCGUCACCUACUUCGCUCAAGCUUCAGAUCUGGGCUGGAGUGCUGUGAGGCAGGUCGACAGUCUGGGCAAUGGAGUCAUUCGGCAAAUGUUCUGGGUCAAAUACGUGAACUGGCUUGUUGCCUUCCCGUCACUUGCCUUGGGACUGGGCCUGAUCUCAGGUGUUUCUUGGACCACUAUAAUCUGCAACAUCGCCCUCUCGUUGUACUGGGUUGUCAGCUACCUCGCAGGUGCCUAUGUGACUACUUCGUAUAAAUGGGGAUUCUUCGCUUUCGGUACUUUUGCAUGGCUCAUUCUCGCCAUGAGUACCAUCAAUGAGAGCCAUGAAGCCGCACAGCUCCUCGGGGUGGACAAGGACUACAUCAUUCUGUCGGGUUGGACCAACCUUCUGUGGAUCAUCUACCCCAUCGCCUGGGGCUUGACCGACGGCGGUAACAAGAUUGGCGUGACUGGAACCUCGAUCUUCUUCGGUGUACUGGACGUCCUCAUGGUCCUGGUGCUAAGCUUUGCUGUCUUGAUCCUGGCAAGCAAGUGGGAUUACCGCAAGUUGAGCAUUGCAUUCAGUGACAGUCGACCAAGCCGAGAGACCGAGGCUGCCUCUCCUCUCAAGGGAACCUCUCCGCAAGUGGUUGAAUAA